AUGAUUGACACCCUUCAAAACCUGGAAAAAGAAAAUGUGCAUCUUUCUGUUUGUGAAACUAGUUUGGUCACUCAGCUCUCUGAGAUAAACAGGUGUAUGGAGCAGCUGCAGGCAGAAAAGGAAAAUCUAACCAAAACUCUGAAGAUGAAAUCAGACCACUGUGCUCAGGGCUGGAAGUUCUUCAGUGGGAAGUGUUACUACUUCUCUACUGAUGAGGAGACCUGGAAUGCCAGUCGGAAUGCUUGUGUUGAUAAGGGAGGAGAUUUGGUGAUUGUUACCAGUCCAAUGGAGCAGGAUUUCUUAAAAAGAUCAAAGCCUGGUUCUGGAAGUGAGUUCUACUGGAUCGGUCUGACUGAUGCUGUGGUGGAGGGAGAAUGGCACUGGUUAGAUGGCACAAAGCUCAGUCAGACACCGAGGUACUGGGCUGGAAAUGAGCCAGAUGACUGGAAGGGAGAUCAAAAUGCUCACCCUGAAGGAGAAGACUGUGCUGUAAUGGAGCUCAGCUCUGACAGUUAUCUUUUACUGGAUGCAUUCUGUAAUGAAGAAAGCAAGAAACACAAGCAUGUCUGUGAGGCCAAAGCAGGAAUGUAAAACAGAGAUAGUAGAUAGUAGAGAUUGUAAUUAUGGCAAUAACAUAAGGUGUAGGGAAGUCAAAUCUCAGGCUGAAUUUUCUUUGUAUUUGUUUGUGUCCCGCUUAUGUAUUUAUUUGUUUGUUUACAUAUUUAGGCAUUGCUUCAUGUUCAUAUCUCUGUACUGUGACAAACCACAUGGUCAUCAAUGAGUUUGGGCCUAAUGACUCGAAAGAUCAAAAUGCUCACAUAGAAGGAGAAGACUGUGCUAUAAUGGAGCUCAGCUCUGCCAGUUAUGAUUUACUGGAUGAAAUAUGCACUGAAGAUGGGAAGAAACACAAGCAUGUCUGUGAGGCCAAAGCAGGAAUGUAAAACCUAGAGGUAGAGAUUGUAAUUAUGGCCAUAACGUAAUGCAUAGGGAAUUGAAAUCUCAGGCUGGAUUUUCUUUGUAUUUAUUUGUUUAAGUAUUCAGGCAUUGCUUCUUGUACAUAUCUGUGUUGUUACAAACCAUAUGCUCAUUAAUGAGUUUGGGCUUGCUGAUGAUGCAAGAAUGCAUCUUUAGCAGUUUCAGUCUCAUAUGAUGAGCAGGAUGCUUUAAGCAGCACUGGGUAGUACUGAAAUGCAUUAGAUUGCUACUGUAACACUUCAUCUUAUUGGUGUAAAUGUGGAGAUGCUGUAAAAUUAGAGCACUGUAAAGUGAAACAUUGCUUUGUUCAUUAGUUCUAGAGAUUGUUUGUAUUUAGUCACAACUUUGAGACAAAGUGGAGGGUUAUUCAAGGUAAAGCUUCAUCCAGAGUGUUUUAUCAUACAGCUAUCAUACAGAUGU